AUGAACUUAAGUUAUCAUCAAGAUCCAUCUAUCUUGACUACACCUAAAUCAAGCCAAACCUAUAAAAAAAUUGACCCAAAAAUUAUCUUCAAAUCCCAAAUAUGCGACUUUUCAAAACCUCAACGAAUAAAAGGGUUUCCAAUGUCAGCUGGGCCCAGAAGUAACAGUAUCAGCCCAAUGAGUCGCAUUGUAAAUACAGAGCCAAGCCACUCAGCUCUUUCUUCAAGAAAGCUUGAAAAAGAGCUACGAGAUAUAAACGAUGACAUUAAUGAUGAAUAAUUAGAUAUGGCAUCUUAUCACUUCGCGGUCGGCUACGCCAACUGCCUUCGAGUAUAUAUUUAAUCAUAUCCGCAAAUUUUUUUUUAUCCAAGAAAUGGAUAGCAAUGCUAGAUAAGCAAUUCUUGACGUACCAGAGCUUAGCCCAAGUCCAGUUUCAAAGAUGGUUUUACCUCAAGGGAAGGGUGGCAAGGAAGUUGGAAAGGGGUCACACAGCAGCGUCUACAGAAAUCCUAUACAAAUCGGACACUUCAUUGCGUGAAACCAGGAGUUACGCCCUGGCUAUGUAUAGGAGUUUCCUAUGUUUGGCGCUGUAAGGCCGAUAAAUUCUGAUCGGAAUUUAUCGGUUGGUUGCACCAAAUCAAUGCCUGGGUCGGACCAAAAAGCGAUUUGGUCCGACGAACUUGGAAAGCUCCUGGGAAAAUGUCUGCGCUUUCAGCGCUAUAUAGAGGAAACCUCUAUAUUUUCCCUUUUGCCAUAAGUCGGCCCAGAAAUUCCAUUUUUUUGGAUUUUUGUGUGGACACCCCUUAUUUUCACCCAACAGCCUCAAGCAAGGCUGCACAAAUCCGAAGACUGUCCACUUAAUAUUGAAGCCGAAAGGCAAGGAGGAGACACUACUGUCAUUGGUGGAAGACACGUAUCGGAGAUCCUCUGUGAUUGCGUAAAAAUAAGGUUCGAGCUUCUCUGUUUAUAAUUAACUUAAGUUAAAUUAAGAGCUUAAUGAUGAAAAUUUUCCUCCACAAAUCAGUUCAACGUAUGAUCAAAAUUCCAUAAUUCACAACAGACUAAAAUUUACUGUCAAUAGAGCCCACAAAACCAUUGAUAAUUCAAAUUACAACGAAAUCGACUACCUAAAUAAAUUAUGCAACCACCUUAUUACUGAACAAAACAAGCUUAAAAUCAAGCUAGCUCAACAAGAAGACAUGAUAGAAGGGAUGAAAUCAAAAUCCAAAACCUCAAAUAGCCCUUUAAAACUGUUUCAAGAAGCAGUAACUCAUCUUGAAAAAGAAAGAAAAAUAAGGCAAUUAAGUGCAAGAAGGUCGGCUACACCGAGAAAAAGAAAUAUUGUGAUAAGUCAUGGUUCAGCACAUAAAGAAAAUACAGCUGAUUUCUCUUUGAACUUGAAAGGGUUAAAAAAGGACGACGAUGAGCUUUUUACUUUUAGGCCAAAAUCGCCAAGCACUCCUAAUCAUGGAGCUUUCCCAAGAGAAGUUUUCAGAAGAAUCAAAUAA